AUGAUUCUAUUUAUUUUUUCAAAUUCAUUCUAUUAGAAUUAUAAAUAAAUAAAUUUCUAUUUAUUACAGAAAAUAAUGAUUCAUUAUUAAUGAAACAGAAAAAAUUCUCCACAAUGUGAAAAUACGAAGUUACGUAUAUAUUAUGACAGCUGUGGUUACGUAUACGUCGACAUUAAUAAUCUGUCAAAACCAAGACAUGCCGCGAUCAUAUCGCUUAAUGUGCGACAGUCGCCUGGAUUCUUAUAUUUUGCGAAAAGAUUGUGAAUCAUUUGAAAACGUUUUUUCUCUCAUUGAAGGCGACUACAUGCCGGCCAAUUAUGUUCAUCGUACAAAGCAACGCACCGUGUUGGGAAUUGCUGCGGAAAAUGGUUCACUGAAUAUGAUGUUAAAGCUUUUGGCUUUUGGUGAAAGUGCGACCUUUAAAGAUCCAUUUGGUAAAAGCGCAAUUGAUUAUGCGAAAGAAAAUAAACAAGAGGAAUGUUGUGAGGGUUGUGAGCUCUUAAUGUGUUAUGAACGUGUGACAUCCACCACAACAUGGAAAAAUUACGUGGAAAUUGGAAGAGCGUAUCGAUCAACACAAGGCACACAAAAUAUUAUUGAUCACAACUUACUUUUUCAUGUCAUUGAUCAUAUCCAUGAAAAUACGUCAAAAAAUGGCGCUAUUCUUGUAUUUUUGCCCAGCUACGACGAUAUAUGCGAACAACAUGAAAAGUUAGUAAGCGUACAUGGAUUACAGGAUUGGGGUUAUAAGAUUUUUGCGCUGCAUAGCGAACUAAAUGAUGAAAACAAUGAGGGUCAUGCUCAUGUCUUUGAUCGCAUGGAAAAUGGCGUUCGAAAAAUAAUAUUAUCUACAAAUAUUGCAGAAACAGCACUUACAAUAGAUGAUGUCGUCUACGUUGCAAGCGAAAAUAUUACAAAUUUGGGUAAACACGGUAAACAUUUGGUAAACAUGCCAAUCGAUUGUCAAUUGAGUAAGACACUCUUCUACGCAAUUAUUUUGCGAUGUUUGGAUCCCAUUGUUAUGAUUUCCAGUGCACUGUCGGUGAAAGAUUUAUUCGUACUUUCAUUUGAAAAUACACAGGAAGUGACUGAAAAAAUCAAUGAAACAAAAAAUCGAUUCGCAGAAAAUAAAUAUAGCGACCAUCAACUGUAUUUCAAUAUAAUUCAAAAUUGGUCGAAACAAUUACGGGAACAUCAACGAAAAUUUUGUGUCGAGAAUUACAUUUCACAAGGUAACAUGUUAAAAGCCGAAGGCAUUCGAUGUUUAAUCUUCGACUACAUAUGCAAAUCUGGUAUGAUUUCGCAAUCAAUGCGUGAAUUGAACGAAAAUUCCAGCAAUUGAAAUGUGGUGAACGCAUGCAUCAUGGCUGG